AUGGUGAGGCAAUACCUCCAAAGUCUCCAAACUUGGUUUAAAGUUAAAGUUCGUUCUCUAGGUGAAAAGUGUUUUUACAACAGUCCAUCUUUGGAAUCAGUCACUUUUCCAGACAAUUUAAUUUCGAUAGGAGACACAAGCUUUGGGUACGUCAUGAAUUUAAGACGUGUAAAAAUCCCAAAUACUAUCACGCGCCUCGGUGUCCGUUGCUUUUCUAAUUGCACGAGUAUGACGUCAAUAACACUGCCAGAUGCGCUUAAAGAAGUUGGGAAUAAUUGCUUUGAAAACUGCUUUGGCUUGAGUCAAAUUUCACUUCCCAAAACAGUGAAAGUGAUUGGCGAUAACGCAUUCUUUUGGUGCUGCGCCCUCAAAACAUUUGAAAUUUCUGAAUUGGAAAAUCCACUUGGCAAUUGCGCGUUUGCGAAGUGCGACAGUUUGACUGGAAUCACUUUGAAUGGAACUUUUAAGGAGGUCGGAAGUGGGUGCUUCUCUAUGUGCCAGUCACUCAAAAAUGUUGUUAUACCAAAACACCUUACUAAAAUAGGAGAAGGUUGUUUCCAGAUGUUGCCUGUUAUAGAAGAAUUUAUUUUACCAACUAAUUUGAAAGAAAUUCCAAAAAUGUGCUUUGAAGAAUGUGGUAAGUUAAGUAAAAUUGAUAUACCGAAAAGUGUGACUAAAAUUGGAUUAAGAUGCUUUGAAGGGUGCAAAAAUCUGGAAAUUAAAGUAACUAAAAUUGUAUCGGUCGUAGAAGAUAGAGCAUUUGAAAACGUUAAAAAAGUCGUUUAUCUUAAUUAA